AUGAAUCUUUCACAGGAAACACUUGAACAAUAUAGUGACAGUCACUAUUAUUUGAAUAUUUCAUCGUUAAAUUAUGACGUUAAUAUAAUUAAUGCACCCGUUUAUAUUGCUGUUAAUCAAAUCAAUCAAACAUUUAUCGAUAUUCACCAUAGACCUUUGUAUGUCUACAGUGGUGGAAUUGUAUUUCAAUUAGAUACUGUUUUGAGGUUAUUAAGUAUGAAUGGUAUUUUAAAUACAUAUGGGCACCAUCAAGGAGAUUUAGAAAGAAUUUUUGUACGAUUGUACAUUGAAUCGAAUGGAAAAUUAAAGCUUCAUCGAUACGGUUAUGAACAGCAUGGUAUUGUUCAUUUUUUAAUCCUACCACUAAAAACCUAUAUAAUCGAACGCAUCCGAUUGUAUUUGUGUCACUUAAUUUGCGUGCCUCAUACGAUAAUUCUCAUAUUAAGAAUAUAA